CUUCCUACGCGGUAGUUUUGCAGGAAGUCCGGUUUGACAAAGAUUUAGUUCAACAAUCAGCUGUACACCACAACGUUACGGUGUGUAUUCCUUUUUAAUUGAACGUAAAUGUGAAUUUCUACUUGGACCAAACGUUUUGAUCCGGUAGAUGAAAAACGGCUGCAUGGAGAAGCUAACGAGGCUACGUAGUUAGCAUGAAAGCUAACUAACGUUCUACCGCGUCACGGAGCUAGCUUCGCUGCUCCAAAGUAAACUUUUAUUUUCCUGUUUGGGUCGUGGCUUGUGGUCAGUCCCAGCCGACGUCCGGUGUAGUUAGUUUCACCGACUCCACCGUCGUAGCGUUUCCACCAACAGCCAACUUGCUCACACUCGUUUAACAGUAAACAACAAAGACGAACUCUGGCGCUGUUUCCUAGCCGAGUUUAGAACAUAUCGGAACCUCCUAACAGAUCAGGAAUCCACGCUGAGACUCGUGUCAGGAACCUGACUGGUGACGCCAAACGAGUCCUCACCUGGAGCCUCGCUAUUCACCUGUUCCCUGUUCUGUCCAGCCCAGGUCAGGAUCAUAUUUAUUAGCUGUGUUCUAUCGAAGGUUCCACCAGGGAGAACCUUCACCGCUGUGACUCGGGACAGCAGCACUGGUGCGUUGGUUGUUUUGAUGCCUCCUAAAACCAAGGCAGCAGGAAAAGGCAAAGCUCCAGCAAAGAGGAAGCUGGCAGAGGAAUUUCCACCUGGAGAAGUUCUGACGGACACUGGAAAGAAAUCCUGGAAGCUGGGUGCUCCGAUCGGCAAAGGGGGGUUUGGCCUCAUCUAUCUGGCUGAUCCAAACUCGGACAAGCCUGUGGGGACUGAUGCUCGCUACGUCAUCAAAGUGGAGCCCAGGGAAAACGGACCUCUGUUCUCUGAGCUUCAUUUCUACAUGAGAGCAGCCAAACCUGACAUCAUUCACACCUGGAUGAAGACCCACAGGCUGAAACACCUGGGCGUUCCUCGGUACUGGGGCUCGGGUCUGCAUGAGCGGGGGGGCAAAAGGUAUCGCUUCAUGGUCAUUGACAGACUUGGAACAGACCUGCAGAAGAAGUUUGAGGAAUGUGGACGGAGGUUUCCCAGGAAGCUGGUGCUGCAGCUGGGUCUCCGACUGCUGGAUGUUCUGGAGUUCAUCCACGAGCACGAAUACGUGCACGCUGAUGUGAAGGCAUCCAACCUCCUGUUGAGUCACGGUGAUCCAAACCAGGUGUACCUGGUGGAUUAUGGGCUGGCCUACAGGUAUGCACCAGAUGGAGUCCUCAAAGAGUACAAGGAAGACCCAAAGAAGUGUCACGAUGGAACCAUCGAGUUCACCAGCAUCGACGCCCAUAAAGGAGUCUCUCCCUGUCGGCGUGGCGACCUGGAGAUCGUGUCCUACUGUCUGCUUCAGUGGCUGUGUGGCCGGCUGCCGUGGGAAGACCGGCUGCAGGAUCCCGCGUACGUCAGAGAUGCAAAGAUCAGAGGUCAGGAGAACAUCUCCGAGCUGAUGUCCAGCUGCUUCUCCUCUCAGGACAAACCAGAUGAGAUCCAGAGGUUCCUGGAGGAGGUGAAGUCUCUGGGCUACAAGGACAAGCCGCCGUACGAGAAGCUGCGCUCCAUCCUGCAGAGCGGGCUGAAGUCCAUCCAGGCCAGAGACGAUGGCCAGCUGAACUUCACGGCUGCGUCGGUUAAGAGGACGGCCGAGGACAGUGGCGCCGACGGAAGUCCUAAACGCAAAAAGAGACCGACCAAGAAGACUGAAGUCAACGGAGUGAAGAAGAGUCCCAGAGCUGCUCCGAGGUCCCGGAAGGCUCCUGGUUCUGGAAAAGCAGGAGGGCCCGGAUCCAGACUGGUGGACACGGCUUCACAGACGACACCUGGACUCGCUCAGAGGUCCCGAGGAAGAAAGAAGCUCAGCUCUUGAACCCGGGUCAGAACCUCCGUAUCCGGCUUUGAUGAAACUCCAGUUUUUUACUGAAUAAUCUGAAAUGUUUGAUUGUAAUCUGGAAUAAAGACAACGUCACAUA